GACAGGCCGAGGUGGCCGCCGAGGCCGUGGCAGGAGCCGACUGCGACUCCUACACGGAGUACAGCUACACUCCGGAGCCAGGCGACCCCGCCGAGGACACGGCAGCGCCGCCGGCACACGGCGGAGACCACGCCGCAGAGGGCGGGAAGGGUGGCGGCGCCGCCGGAGGCGCAGGGCUGGCCAGGGCCGUCACCGUGGCGCCGGGCGCGGGCAGCAGCGAGGAGGAGAGGCACCCCGUGAGCUCGGACAGCGUCUGGGAGGGCGACGACGGGACCGCGAGCCACAGGGACUGGAUGGCGAAGAAGAAGGAGGCGGCCCUCUCGAGGCACGGCGGCCGCGGCGCGGAGGCGUCGAGCGCGAGCGGGAGCCCGCCGAGGAACCGCGAGAGACGCGGGCACGCCAAGGACUGCGACGAGAGGGACGCCCGAAGGGCCCCCAGGCGCCCGAGGAGCCCGAGGGGAG